CACCUCUUCUCUUCCACACCUCUCCUCUUCCUCCAUCCCUCAGUCCUUGCACUGCCUGUCAGAAUUCCCACAUAUCCCCAGAGGAUAAGAUGCCAUGGAGGCCACAGGAAGAACUGUGCUGUGUGCCUGCUCUGCCUUCUGCCUUCUGUUCAUCCUAACAGAGGUCAGCUCCGAACUGAUUCACAUUGAUCCAUCGGUCAGGCAUGUCACUGAAGGGGACUCUGUGUUCCUGUCUGUGAAAACCAACUUUUCACCGGACAAAGCAGAAUUUCAGGGAACUUGGUGUCACACCGGGAUGAGUGUCACCAAGCCCAGGAUUUUGGUGACAUUCACCAAAAAAAAUACAAUCUUAAACAUGAAGCACCGUGACCACCUCGUCUUCAACAACUCCACCUUUUCUUUGGAAAUCAAGAACUUAAACAGAAAAGAUGAAGGAGAUUAUCACUUGAGCAUCACCAUAAAGCAUGACAACAAACCAGGAGACAUUGAGGAGGAGAAAACCAUUCGUGUAACCGUAGAUGUUCCCGUGUCCAAUCCAGCCAUUGAGAAGAGCCCUUCCUAUGCAGUCAUUGAGGACAAAGCAAACGUCACCUGGACUUGUUCUGUUGAGAACGGAACAAGAGUUAUGUUUAAGUGGUUCAGGAAUAAUGUUGCACUGGGUCCCAGUGACAGAUACCACUACUCCCAAGAUAACUCCACACUGUUAAUCAGCCCUGUGAGAAAAGAGGACAAGGGAAGUUAUCACUGUGUGGCCAGCAACCCGGUCACCCGGGGCCAACACAGCAGGGCUGUGGAACUCAACGUCUACUAUGGCCCUUACAACCUUGAGGUGAACUCUGUCCAGGGCCUGCGCACAGGGGAGGUGUUCACCAUCAACCCUGGGGAGCUGGUCUUCUUUGAAUGCCAGGCUGACUCCAACCCACCUAACAGCUAUGUGUGGAUCUCCAAGACCCGCAAUGCAACUCAGAUCGUCACAGAGGGCCCUCGGCUAGAGGUGCGCUCCUACAGACUGGCCCAGGCUGAAGAGUACCUUUGCCGUGCCUUCAACAACGUGACGCAGAAGCAGGACGAAGCCCAGUUUACUCUGGUGGUGGCCAGCUUGGGAACAGGGAAAGAGAAGCACAUCCAAGAGGGUAACUCUGUAUCACCGCUGGCAGUCAUUACUGUCUGCUCUUUUUUUGUCAUUGGCCUUAUGCUGCUGUUCUUCCUCAGGAGAACCUGUCAUCCAAAGAGAGUGCUUAUGAGCAUUUACAACAAACCGUUUUCAGAGCAGAAACGACCACAUCGUUCAGGUCACGAGGAUGCAACCGAGGACUUUGGCAUCUACGAGUUCGUCUCCAUACCUGGGAAGACGGAAUCUGCACAGGCAUCGUGCAGAUCUUUGGCUCGUCUCGAAUCGAUUCAAGAUAUGCAUACUACCAUCUACGAUGUGAUCAGACACGUUCCUGAAACCCCGAGUCACAGUUUGCUGAAGUAAAGUCUGGCUGGAGAGCGGAGAUGGAACUUUAAAUGGUUUAACUUGAAGACUUCCUUGUAGCUUUAUUCUCUUAAGUCUCUGUUAUCAAAGCCUGAAGCACUGGUUUUGGUGGCCUGGUUUUUUGCACAAGGGAUGAAGGAGACUUGUGGGAUUACACAACCUGAUAGUGCACUGCUGUUGACGAGAGUUUUGGACGGAUGUUAAGUGUAUUUUGCUGACAUUGGUGUGAAAUGAAAAUGUAUGUUCAGCUCAUUUUUAUUUGUUCUGUGAAAGCAUAACUGAAGUUAAAAACCUUUUGUUUCCUGUUUU